CAUUUGUAAACCGACUCUUGUUGGAUCCUUGAAUCAAGGCUACUUGAAGACCUGGAAAUGGACUUCAGACUCGUGGACAUCGAGGGACCUGUGGGAGCUGCCCCGGAGGUGCACCGUGACGCUGCUGGGUUUGUGGACUACGUCGUGGAGCGUCCCGCCAACGGCCUCCCGGAGCUCAUCUGGAUCAUUGAUGAUGACGACCGUGUCGUCGUCUUCAAUGAUUCGGAUGAGUCUUCCGAGGAAGAAGACUCGGAAGACGACUGGAGCACCAGCGAAGACUCCGGCUACGGCAGCCUGGACGAGGAUGAAGAAGACCCGGAGGACGGCGAAGAAGAGGACAUCCGACCUCGCUCCCCCCUGGUCCAGCGGCUCCCCCCUCCUGCUGGUGCUCCAGUCAUCGCUGCUCCCGCUGCUCCCCCACAGGAGGACCUUGCUCUCCACAUCAUCUCCUUCCCAAAGAGGCCCUGGGAGGAGAGCGAUGUGGAGGCACAGGUAGGUACGAAGAGGCAGCGGACCAGUGAAGAGGACAACCAGCAGCCAGGACCAUCUACAUCCGGUGCCACAAACCACAGCGCGUCCGGUCCCUCCACGUCAGGCCUGAGCUCCUCUGUGACCAGUGGAAACUGGUUCAGGCCUUUUUGGAGUCCAGAUGAUAGUGACUCCGAUUAGUCCUGAAACUGGUGGAAGCUCUGAGCAGAGAAGUUCCAGCUGACAGGCAGCUCCCACUUCUUACUGCAGGGAUUGGAAAAAAAAAAAAAAAACAAGAAAAAAAAAGAAAAAAAAGAAAAAAAAAAAAAAAAAAAAAAAAACCAUCAAGAUCCCUGCACCUAAUAGUAAAAAUCCUCCUUCACAUGUCUUAGCGUCAUCAGAUAAUGUGGGAGGAACGGUAGGUAUGAGCACCUGACAAAUACAGGUGUGUUUGUUCUUCUUUAUCGGAGGUAAGUAUAAUUACAAUCGCACAUAUUUUCAUUUUCAAGUAUUAUCCAUGUUACUAACGUUAUUUCUUUCAUGUCGCUGCUUUCAUCAAAUUAAGGUAAGUUAUUACUUCAAAUGAAGCACUUAUUAAGGAUUUAAUAUCUGUUCCUGAUCAUUUAUAAUUGAAGCAUUUUACUGACAUUUGCACUUUCUGUUUUGUUUCAUCAUCCAUCAUCCAGGAGUUCUCUGAACAGAGCUCCUGGAUGAUGGACAGAGAAGACCGGACCGACCAGACCAGAAGGAUGGAUGACCAGGAACCAACUGGAGAGAGGAGGAGUGUUUUCAGUCAGCUGACUAAGUGAGUCCUCACAAGACUACAA